AUGCUACCUCCCGGAUCUGGGCCUGGUAUUGCCCCGUCUUCAUCGGCAGGGCAUGUUCAUGUUCCUCUUGUAUCUACACCGGGGUUAGGACCGGCGCAGAUCCCUGGAGCGGCCCUGACACAAGAUCAAGACCGAUCGAUGGCCGAAGCGGAUAUGGAGCUUAUAAGAACCAAGAGAGCGCUUACGACUAUGGCGGCCGCUGCUGCGUUGGGUGGGAACGGGUCUGGAGGGGGUGGAGGGAAGAAUAAGUAUCGGAAGCGGAGUCGCGCGACACCUCCUGGAAAAUGUCAUUCUUGCAAUAUUCGAGAGACGCCAGAGUGGAGACGGGGACCGGACGGUGCGAGGACGUUGUGUAAUGCGUGUGGGCUGCACUACGCGAAACUCGUGCGAAAGCGCGAGAAAGCCCUCGCAAAUGGAGAAUCGCCCUCGAUCCAGCGCAUCGACAUGGAGAUGUUACGUGCGAGUGCCAGAGCUGCUGAU